AUGCCCUCAAGUCAUUCGUCAUCGUCAUCUUGUGAUGGUCAACAUUACUUUCAGAAAGGCAACUACUAUUUAUUUGGAAGAAAAGGAUACCCAGUCAAUCAGGAAAAAGCUAUUCACUACUACACAUUAGCCGCUACAGAAUGUAAUCAUGUACAAGCCGAAGGUAUUAUUGGAUUCUGUUAUGAGUUUGGUCUAGGACUACCGAAAGAUUUUGUUGAAGCCGAAAGACGUUAUUUGGCAGCUGCUAGUAAGGGCGACGGUCUAUCCAUGGCUCGAUUAGCCUUCCUUAGAAAAUAUGGUCGUCCUAACGUACGGAUCAAUCGAGUUGAAGCAGAGGAGUGGGCAGAAAAAGUGAAGCAAUGUCCAAAUGCAGUGGAUUGGAUAGUUCAGGCAGCUACACUAGAUGCUGAUCCGUCUGCUCAAUAUGCACUGGGCGUGUGCUACCACGAUGGUGUGGGGAUGCCCAAGGAUGAAAAGGCCGCUUUCCGGUGGUACAAGGCAAGUGCAGAGCAAGGACAUGCUCGUGGUCAAGGUAUCCUAGGUUACUGCUUCGGUGAAGGCUUUGGCGUUGCCAAGGAUGAGUUGGAAGCCAUGCGUUGGUACCUUCUGGCCGCCGCUCAGGGCGAAACCGUUGCUAUUUAUAACGUUGGUUACUGUUACGAGGACGGAAUCGGAGUUGAGAAAAAUGUUCAGGAGGCUGUCAAAUGGUACCGCCUGUCCGCUGAACAAGGAAAUGCCUUUGCCCAAAACUCACUUGGUUAUUGUUAUGAAGACGGUAUCGGGGUCGAACAAGACUUUAAAAAAGCCACUUACUGGUACAGGAAAUCAGCUGACCAAGGUUAUCCCUGGGCUGAAUGCAAUCUAGGCUAUUGUUUCCAAAACGGAAUCGGAGUUGAGAAAGAUGAUACCUUGGGUGCUUAUUGGUACAAAAAGGCUGCUGUUCAAGGCCAUGCAAGAGCUCAACAUAAUCUCGGCUUUUGUUAUCAGAAUGGUAUAGGCGUUGAAAAGAAUGAGCAGGAGGCGGUCAAGUGGUACAGACGUUCGGCAGAACGAGGCAACAUUUUUGCCUAUCACUCCCUAGGUUAUUGUUAUCAAAAUGGAGUUGGCGUGCCGAUAAAUGAAGAAGAGGCUGUCUUUUGGUAUAUGCUCAGUGCCAAGGAUAACCAUGCACCCGCACAACUUUCACUCGGAUAUUGCUACAGAAAUGGCAUCGGUGUGCCCAAAAAUGAACGAGAAGCUAUCAAAUGGUUCCGCAAGAGUGCGGAACAAGGAAACGCCUUGGCUCAAAACUCCCUUGGCUUCUGCUAUGAAGAAGGUCUGGGCGUCAAGAAGGAUUGUCCUCGUGCUGUCUAUUGGUAUCACAAAUCAGCUCGUCAGGGCAAUCCCUGGGCUCAGUGCAACUUGGGUUUCUGUUAUGCUAAUGGCAUUGGUGUUCAACAAAAUAAUGAAAAGGCUGUUUACUGGUACAAACUGGCUGCUGCUCAGAAUCAUGCAAGGGCUCUUGAUAAACUGGGACUUCAUUUACAGUCCGGAUUAGGCGUAGAAAAGAAUCUUGAAUCAGCAUUCAAAUCAUUCCUCAAAUCUGCAGAACAAGAUCAUGUAGCUGCUCAGUAUCAUUUAGCAAAUUGUUAUGAGAAGGGAUUAGGAUGUGAAGUCGACCUUGCAAAGGCAACUGCUUGGUUUGAAAAAGCUGCUAUAGCUGGUUGUCGAAGUUCUCAUGAAAGAUUACGAAGAUUACUCGUCAGGGCUUGUCUAGUGUCACCCGGAUCAAUACCUCUCACUUCUGACGAUGACUUAACUUGCACAGAGUUCAUCUGUGGAUAUAGUGCGCCGGCCGCAUAA